CCUCUAUGAGUAUAUAUGCUGAGUUGGCCAAGUCUCACUCUUGCAACGUGUUCCUGACAAGUAGCAGUGCUGAUAACUAAAAUGGACGGCAAAGAAGGCAUGGAUGCAUUAAAUAAAAUCAAGGAAAGUUUGAGUUCCGAAGGAAAAUCUCCACUCGAGGCGUUAGAGCAACUUUCUGAACUUUUGAAUAAAUUGGAAUUAACCGAUGAAGAAAGGCAACAAAUGAAAAGCGCCUUCGGCGAGAGGACGGAGAAAAUGAGUGCAUUUAUGAAGCCAGGCUUAGAUAUUUUACCUGAUGGAAAUAUCACUAUGACCCUCACCCUUAUUGUGGCGUUUAUAGUUGUAAUAACACUUUUCGUAUUCUUUGGAUAUAAACUGUAUCGAUCUUUAACAGAAAAGGAGCGAAAAAGGGAUGAGAAGAGGAAACAAAAACAAAUGAAGAAGAAGAAGUGAUUCAUUUACUUCUAUUUCUGUUCAUUGCCAGUCUCCUACAAAAACUAAAUAGGUUUAUACUGUUAACUUCAGGUUAUAUAAUAGGCGCUGUUAUUUUGUGUCAUUCCCAAUUCUUGUAGGAGUUUAAAAUGAAGUCUGUUAUCUUUGCAUUCCAUUUUGUAAAUGUUCAAAUAAGUUUUUCAUUAAAUGUUUUAUUGUC